CCUCCUCGGCGGGCACACGCACACCACCACACCGGCCCGUGUCCGUACGUACACAGGCACUCUCAGUUCACUACACAACCUCCUCUACUGCACUCACGCGCAGUAAAAAAAGAUAACGCGAUCUAUCGAUCUUUUUCCAAAUCCAAAAAACAACGUCGCCAGAUAGCCUUCAUGAAUAUAGUUGGGUACAACUGACGUCUAACAUCGAACGCGUCGCUACACCACAGACAUUUAUUCCGAUCACAAUAUUUAUGACAUCGUAAUUAAUUAAACAUGUCGUUUUAAUUAUGUAAAUACAAAUGGGUGAUAAUCAAUUUAAAUUAUGUGUUUUGAUCUCGUUCGCUUAAUUUAAUGUAAACAGAUAUUUAUCAUUAUUCGUGGCGUUUUACGGUGUUAACGCUUAAAUGAUAUAAAGCUCGGCGCGAUGUUUUUUGUUGAAGCUAGCUGAUACUAGUGUGGCGGUAACAUGUUCGAACUGACUCGACAGUGAUAUAAACUUUGAGUUCGCGAUUGUUUAUGGAAGCGUACUGAACCGAAUCUCAUACCAUUAUGGAACGUCACCAAAAUGGUAUGGAUGUGUGGGUAGUUGACGAGCCGAAUGUCGCAGCGUCGGAGUUUGCUUUAGGGCAAGGGCGCGUCAACCAGUUGGGCGGAUUGUUCAUCAAUGGUCGUCCGCUGCCGAACCACAUCCGCCUAAAGAUCGUGGAGAUGGCGGCGGCGGGAGUGCGGCCCUGCGUCAUCUCGCGCCAGCUCCGCGUCUCGCACGGCUGCGUCUCCAAGAUACUCAACAGAUACCAGACGGGUUCUAUUAGACCAGGCGUGAUUGGAGGUUCGAAGCCAAGGGUUGCCACACCAGAAGUUGAAGCCAGAAUCGAAGAGCUCAAGAGACAGAACCCUGGCAUCUUCUCCUGGGAGAUACGGGAAAAACUCAUCAAGGAGGGCGUGUCCGACCCACCCAGCAUCUCAUCCAUAUCUCGACUGCUGCGCGGCGGAGCGCGCGAUCCAGAUGGAAAGAAGGAUUACAGCAUCGAUGGAAUUCUUGGAGGGCGAGGUUCAGAUUCGUCAGACAUAGACUCGGAGCCAGGGUUGACACUCAAGAGGAAACAGCGACGAUCUCGUACCACAUUCACUGGAGAACAGCUGGAUGCAUUGGAGAGGGCUUUCCAUCGGACCCAGUACCCUGAUGUUUACACUCGUGAGGAGUUAGCUCUGCAGACUGGACUCACUGAAGCUAGGAUACAAGUCUGGUUCUCCAACCGCCGUGCGCGUCUAAGAAAACAUACUGGAUCCAAUCCAAGUCCUGGCAUUGGUGGCUACUCUUCCAUUCCAAUGCCUCAGAUACCAUGCCCCUAUCCCGCUGGAGAAAUACCUUCUCUAUCUCAACACCAUCCCCAACACCCUGAUGCCUGGCAUCACCAAAAAUAUGCCAACUAUAACCAACUAAUGGCUCAGUCCCAACAUUUGAACCAAGCCUUCCAAAACGCAGCGUUUCCUAGCACUUCGGGAUCCACUUUUAGCCACUUAGUGCCCAGUGCCAAUGGCCCACCCCAUAGCCAAUUAUUGGAAAGUGGCAUUCCAAGAAAUGAUUACGCUAGAUAUCCUAGUAGCGAAAUAUAUAACAAACCAAUUAAUUAUUUACCAAAAGAGGCUGAAGUUGACGAUAAAGUAAACAGUGAAGAAGUUAUUGAGCCAAGAGAAGAGACUUUUGAUAAACCGACUGGUGAUGAGUAUAGCAAAGCGUUACCAAAUAAUGACUAUCCUAAAGUUCCUGCUGAUUAUUCCAAACUUUCUGCGGAUCCAUCUGUAGCUUCUAAUUGGAGUCCGUCACACAAUUCACUGAAUAUGAGCCUGGCCGGUCUGUCAAGUGAAUAUAAGUACAUGAAUGAUCCUUACUCGUUCCCUAACGUAUCAGAUCCCCUGUCCCAGCACAACUAUCCAAAUCCACCGAACACUGCUAACAAGUACUGGAUUUGACAUAAUCACUAGGAAUUUUAUUUAGUAAAUAUUGUAUUAACUUUAUUUAAUAUAUUUAUAUUACAUUUUAGUUUAAUAAUUAUUUUAAUAAGGAACGUUUGUGAGAAAUUACCUCUAUUUUGCAUUCCAUUUAAUGAUAUACCUAUUAUAAAACCAAACAUUUGUAAAUUGUUACUAAGAGAGUCAUUAGAUAAUAAAGGGUUAAUUAUUAUUA